AGUUUCGUUUGAAGUGUGGCAGUGAAGAGUUGGGAAAAAUGAAUUUAGCAGAAAAUAUUCCCGUGUGGAUGAAUCAAGAUUUCUUUGACAAGGUCAUUCGAUUCAUUGAGAAAGAUCAAGCAGCCAAAGUUACAAAGUUUGAUGUCAAUCCAGGAUCGAAGGCAGGAGAGAAUUUUGCAAGUGCAAUAUUUCGUAGCUCGAUAACUUACAAGUCAAAGUAUUCGAAAGAUGCGAAAACAAUUUCAGUCAUCAUCAAAGUGAAGCCAGUUCUUGGUCCAGAAAUGGCAGCUUACAGCGAAAUCAUUGAAAAGUCGAAAUUUUUUGAAACUGAAAUGGCUUUUUACGGGAAAAUUCUGCCUGAUAUUCAAUCGUUAAUGUUAUCAGCUGGAGAUAAGGACGUUUUGUCACCAAAAUUACUUUAUCAGUCCAAUGAACCUUCUCCAGUCAUCGUUAUGGAAGAUGUUUGUGUUGAUGACUUUACAGUUAUCAAUUAUCCUCCAACAGAUUUUGAAGUUUCACGAAAAAUAAUUCAACGUUUGGCAAAGAUACAUGCUGGGACUUUCUAUUUGAUCAGUGAAAAUAAGUUGGAUCCAACAGCUUUCAGUCAGAGUAUAUUUGAAAUACCAUCAACUGCUGAGAUGAUUUAUGGAAAUACUUUAGAACAUUUCGCUUCAAUUCUUAAUGAUUGGAAAGGUUAUGAAAAAUAUGCUGAGAAGUUUAAACCUUUGAGAAAAACUUAUUUGAGUAAAGUUUUGAAAACUUACAAGCCAAAUCGAAGUGAAUUUGGUUACAAUGUCAUCAAUCAUGCCGAUUUUCAUAUUCGUAAUUUGUUGUUUAAGAAAACUAAAGAUGGAAGCAUUGAAGAUUUUCUUUUUAUUGACUUUCAACUUUGUAAUUAUGCAACGCCAGCAAUUGACUUAAUCUACGCGAUGUAUCAUGUAUUAUCCGAGGAAAACCGUCAAACGAGACGUGAUGAGUUCAUCGUCAGCUACUAUAAGCAAUUUGUUGAAUCACUUAAGGCAUUUGGUUACAUGAAAUCCCCACCAUCACUUACUGAUCUCCAUAUUGAACUGUUGAAAAAUGGAAUUCUUGAAGUUUUGUUGUGUGUAUGCAACACUUCCAUUUAUUAUUACGACUUUUCGACAGUCAAACAUGAAGAUUUUCUGGUCGAAGAUGGAGUGAAAAACUUUAUGAAGAAAUUAUUCGAGACGCCAGCAUUCAAAGCAAUGCUACAGAAGGAAUUGCCGAGAUUCCUCUACAAUGGUUUCAUUUAAAUUGUUAUGAUAAUCUACUCACGGUCAAAUCGACUAAUAAUAAAAGUAAUCAGAAAUUGAUAUAUCACCUCAACCUGCUUCCACUUUAAAUUACUCAAAAGCAUGUCAAUAAUGAAAGUGAACCG